CUCUGACCGUAUUGAACUCGAUGGACCUCGAACAGUGGUUCACUGCUAUACCGCCUGUUACGCGCGCGUGGCUUGUCGCGUCUGCCGCGACGAGCUUGUUGGUUGAGUGCCAAGUCGUCGCACCACUACAGCUCUACUUCAGCUGGACGAGUGCCGUCGCCAAGGCGCAGCCAUGGCGCUUCCUGACGACGUUCUGCUACUUUGGCAAGGUGUCGCUAGACCUGUGCUUCCACUUGUUCUUCGUGAUGCGAUAUUCCCGCCUCCUGGAGGAGAACUCGUUCUCAAACCGCCGCGCAGACUACGUCUGGCUCCUGAUCCUCGUCAUGGCGUUCCUGCUCGCCCUCUCACCGCUCAUCACCAUGCCCUUCCUCUCCUCCUCCCUCGCCUUCGCGCUCGUGUACAUCUGGUCGCGCCGCAACCCCAGCGUCAAGAUGAGCCUCUUCGGGGUCGUAACUAUCACAGCGCCGUACCUCCCCUUCUGCCUCGUCGCGUUCAGCUGGCUCCUCCAGGGCGGCUUCGACGCCGCGCUCGGCGACAUUCUCGGCAUACUCGCCGGACACACGUAUCUCUUCCUGCAAGACUACUGGCCGCGCGAGAUGUGGUCCACGACCGGCGAGGGCGAGGUUGUGACUCCCGCCAUUUUGAAGCGCGCCCUAGGGCAGCGCGAGCGCGAGCAGCGCGACGAGUAGAGGAGCGGAGUGAUCUAGAUUGCAUUGUACAACGGCAUGUGAGCACAGCUGCUUAGGUCGGAG